AUGAUUCAGAAAGUUGGCAGGGGUUUGCACAGUUGCUUCUUAGUGGAUUCUCCUAAGAUGCAGCAAGUACAAGCUGAAACACCAGUGAGGCAUGAAGACAUUGAGGCAAUCACCCAGCAUCCAAAUGAUGAGCCACUCAACACAGUGACAGAAAUAGUUCCAUCUGAGGAAAUCAAGGAGAAAGCAAAGGCAAUGAUGAUGUGUGAAGAUCAAAGGGACCCCGGGCAGACUGUUGCUCUGCUCACACAGCCAAUAACAUGGAAAAGAAAGACAGACAAAUCAGGCAGACUACAAAGGAAUAAGGUGUCUGAGGAUGACAAGAGGUACAGAGGUGUAGCUGUUAGUGUUCUUCAGACCCUGGUUUCACUAUUUCAAGAAGAAGUCACAAACAAACCACUCUUCUCAUCAAUACUCUUCAUCCUCCUCCUCACCCUCAGCACUCUCAGCCCCAACCUCCUCAUAGUCCUUCUCAAGGGCCGCCAAAUCCUCCCUAGCCUCCGAGAACUCCCCUUCCUCCAUGCCCUCCCCCACAUACCAGUGCACAAAGGCCCUCUUCGCGUACAUCAGGUCAAACUUGUGGUCAAUCCUCGAAAACACCUCAGCAACACUAGUCGAGUUGGAGAUCAUGCACACAGCCCUCUGCACCUUCGCCAGGUCACCACCAGGGACCACAGUUGGGGGCUGGUAAUUGAUGCCACACUUGAAUCCAGUCGGACACCAGUCCACAAACUGGAUUGUGCGCUUUGUCUUGAUAGUGGCAACAGCUGCAUUCACAUCCUUGGGGACAACAUCACCUCUGUACAUGAGGCAGCAAGCCAUGUACUUUCCGUGGCGCGGGUCGCACUUGACCAUCAUGGACGAAGGCUCGAAGGCCGUGUUGGUAAUUUCAGCCACGGAUAA